AUGGCGCGUCGCUGCCGGCCCGCUCAGCCCGCGCGCGACGACGGUUCCGCGGGCGCGGGCGCGCACGCCGAGGCGCCGCGCGCGUGGCUCGUGAUCCUGAAGCUCGGCGCCAGCGAGCACGUCGUCGCCGAAGUGUGCGCCAACGCCGCGAAUCCUGACGUGCACGACUUCUCAGGGGCGUGCAGGCGCGUGUUCCGCCCUCCCGGCCCCCUCGGCUUCUCGGCGACCCUGACGACGACGGACCUCGCGGCCAUGGCGAUGCGGUUCCGCCGGGACAUCGACUUCAUCGAGGAGGACGGGGAAGUAGCGCUGGAGGAUCCCGGCGACGACAGUGAGAGCGAGGACGGGGCGGCCGAGCACCAGCGGGUGCUCAAGUCCGCGGGCUGGAGCCUGCGGAGCUGGUGGCUCGAGAUGAUCGGGCUGGACGCGGGCGUCGAGGCGCGGGCGUCCCUGGGGCGGGGCGUGACGUUGUACGUCCUCGACACCGGAGUCCGGUCCGACCAUGACGAGUUCGCGACUCCCGGGGGGGGGUCUCGCGUCCUGCGCGGCUGGGACGCGAACGACCUCGCCAGCAACGACCCCGGGAACAUCGACUGCCACGGCCACGGCACGCACGUCGCGUCGCUGGCGGCGGGACGCACGGUAGGCGUCGCUCCGGGGGCGUGGAUCGUGCCGGUGCGCGUGUUCACGGGGUGCAGGAAGAUCGGCACCAUGGAGACGCUCCUCGCGGGGCUCGAGUCCGUCGCGGCGCACGCAACCCUCCCCGCGGUUGUCGUCCUGUCCCUGGACAUGGGUGCGAGGCGCUCAAUCGACAUCGCGGUGCGGGCGCUGCUGGCGCUGGGCGUGACCGUCGUGACCGCCGCGGGGAACAGCGGGUCCGACGCGUGCCUGCGGUCGCCUGCGCGCGUCCCUGGGGCCGUGACCGUCGGCGCGAUCGACGUCGGCAUGCACCUGUACAGACAUAGCAACUGGGGGCCCUGCGUGGACGUGGUGGCGCCCGGGGUGCGCGUCUGGGGCGCGGACAUGAAGAGCACGCAGGCGCUCUCGCGGAUGACGGGCACGAGCAUGGCGUGCCCGAUCGUGGCAGGCGUUGCUGCGCUGCAACUGGCGCAGCACCCCACGCUGUCGCCGGAAGCCGUGCGGAUCAACCUGCUGACGUCGGCGUCGAGGAGGACGCCGAGGCACCCCGCCGCAACGACGCCGCCUGCUGGCCCGGCCACGUCGCCGCCCGCGCCGCCUCCGAUCUUCAACCAAGGCGCUGUCGGCGGCAGGGCCCUGCGAGGCGGCCCGGACGCCGAGGGAGACGGCGAGCGUCGCGGGCUGCCGGAGGGAGACAUUCGGCAGCCGGGGGGACUCGCCGGGCACGACACCAUGGACCUCGUGGUCGACGCGCGCGUCCCUGACAUCAUCACCUUCUUCCCUGACGAAGUCCAUGUUUCCGAGGGCCACGCGGGCUGGUUCGCGGUCCGAGUCGAGAUCGCGCCUGGUGCGCCGGUCGAGUCCGCGGACGUCGCGCUGUGGGUGUGGUCGGCCUGGGACGGCGGCAGCCUCGCGCACCUCGACAGGACCACUCUGCGCCUGACGCGCGACAGCGCGGAGCAGCCCUUGCCGGAGGUGUUCCACUUCUGGCCGCACCGUCCUUACGGGGGCGUGUAUUUCAUACGGAUAUCGGUCCGCGAGGUCUCUUCGAGCGCGGGUCGCCAGGGCCUCCCCCCGCGCGAGGCGCUCUACACCCUGCGCGUCCUCGACCACCGCGAGAAGGAAGGGUCCUCCCCGCAGCGCCCCCGCACCAUCCCAGCGCUGCCUUUCGCAGCGGAGGCCGACACCGGGGUACCGGGCCUGAGUCAUCCCCCCCCCGUGACGUGCGUGGCGCCGGGACAGGCCUCGGGGCCGAGCGGCAGCCCGGCAGCCGUGUUCUACUCGUUCACGCCGUCGAUCGACACCCAAGUCCACGUCAGCACCUGCGGGUCUGUCGACACAGGCUGCCAGGUCAUACUGGUCGACCACGGGCGCGCGCAGCCGGCGCUGCAGGCGCCGGGCCAGACCCACAUGAUCAACGCCGUCCCUCCGGAGGCGAUGCACACCUGUCUCGUGCCGAACAAGGUGUGCGGGAGGGGGUGGUUUGAAAACGUGGAUGCCGACGUGUGGCUGCGGCGCGGCCGGAAGUACACGUUCGCGCUGUUCAGCGCCACGGGCGACACGGGGAAGAUGCACCUGAACGUGACGUCGCCGCUCGGCUACGUGCCUGGACACGGGCCCUGA